AUGGCAACUCACAACGCCGAGCUUCACGCCGCGCUGCACGAGCUACUCACCGCUCGCUGGCCCAACGACACGCUCACCAUCGAGCUGUUGGCGACGGCGCUCGCGUCCGAGGAGGCCCUGCGCCGCUCCUUCUGCAAGCUGCUUCAAGAUGAUGCGGACGCUGCAGAGUCUACCGCUCUGUCGGACGACGAGAGCGAGGGCACAGUGACGCCCUCAGACCAGCGUGCUCGCAAGCGCCGCACCUCGGACAAUGCGAGCCUCCGCGCCAUCAUCGAGCGUGACCCACUGCUCCAAGUGCCAGCGCCCUAUGUCGAGCUGGUGCGCGUGCUCGUCGCCUGUCGUGCAGCAGCGCACGAAGCAGGUCCAGCACUGGCCGGCACCGUCACCAGUGCCUUGCUCAUCGUCCAGCCGAUGAGCUUUGCGCGUAAGCGCGGCAUGGUGCGCUACGUCCUCGGCGCUCAGCAUGCCGGCGCCCCGGUGCGCUGGCAUCAAGAUGGAUUCGAGGGCUGUCGUAUCAGCCUGACUUGGACGCCGGAGCAGCUGAAGGCGCACCGAGACGCGCAGGCAGCUGCGGCAAGCGCGGCAGCGGCGCUCGGGCGCUGA